CCCAGGGGCUGGCGCAGCCCGGCUGAGGGAAGCUGGCGCGAAGGCGGUCAGGCACACCCGGUCCAAACUUUCUGUCCCGGUGGUCUCAGAGGUGGCGAGACUCGCCGGGGAGGCGUCCGGGGCUCGCCCCCUCGGGAGGGCUGUCUCUGGCGGCACCUCGGAGGUGACGCAGCCUCCCCCAGCGCGGAGCCUCUCCGGUUUUGCAUCCCCGCAGUGCCCGGGCUGCCGGGGGCCCUCACCGGCUACGCGCGGGGACGAGGACGCGGCGCGGGGCGUGAAGGGACAUUGGGACCCCAAGCCGUCCCAGAGCGGCCCCAGGAUCCGAGGUCUCACGUAGGGUAGGAGGGAUUUACCGGGAGUCCAGGAUUUCAGCUCCUCCAGCGGCCGCGGGGUCCGCCGAGGGUGAGGAAAAACUCCUUUCUGACGGAGCUCUCCAGCUUUGGGGAGGGACUGGAUUUAUUCUUUAAUGGUCACUUUAAAAAGGACGCCCGCGGUGCCGCUCACGCUGAUGCACGAGACAUCCCGCGGUGGAGGAAAAGGACGGGGACGGAGGGACUCAGCCCUACACCUCAGCUGGGGGUGAAGUCGCUUCUCCCGCGCGCCCGGCCACUAAUUUCCAGCUGAAACCCGUUCGGCUCGGGGGACGCCCUGGGCGCGCGCCCGGGAGCCCGGGGCAUUUAGUAAGAGCAGGUUGGAAAGCUGCCUCUGAGACCCUGAAUCUUUUCCUGCUGAUACUCGCUCCUCCCCAGUAACCCUCCAUCCCCAGGGGAGCCCCAGAAAGAACGCCAGGGGGCCUCCCUGCUGCCACAGAACCACCCCGCCCGCCACUCCCAGCGCUAAGUCAGAGCUGCCUGAGGAAGACUCUACACGCGUUUCCCUCGAGCUGGUCUGCAGGCCCCUCCGGCUGGGACCCUGUCCUGAGAGCUGCCCGUCUGCAAACAGAGAGCCCACAGUGCCUCGGGAAAAAUUGGCUGAAUAAAAGGGCAAUCAGGACGCCACGGCUCCGCCUGAAGCGAUGGCCCAGCCCUACCCCCCAGCCCAGUACCCCCCUCCGCCACAGAAUGGCAUCCCCGCCGAGUACGCCCCACCCCCACCGCACCCCACGCCGGACUACUCGGGCCAGACCCCGGUCCCCCCGGAGCAUGGCAUGACCCUGUACACACCAGCACAGACCCACCCGGAGCAGCCAAGCAGUGACACCAGCACACAGCCCAUCACAGGGGCCCAGACAGUGCCGCAGACAGACGAGGCGGCACAGACGGACAGCCAGCCACUCCACCCCUCCGACCCCACAGAGAAGCAGCAGCCCAAGCGGCUACACGUCUCCAACAUCCCCUUCCGGUUCAGGGACCCCGACCUGCGGCAAAUGUUCGGGCAAUUCGGAAAAAUUUUAGACGUGGAGAUCAUUUUUAACGAGCGGGGCUCCAAGGGUUUUGGGUUUGUAACUUUUGAAACUAGCUCAGAUGCUGACCGAGCCCGGGAGAAGCUGAAUGGGACGAUCGUAGAGGGCCGGAAAAUUGAGGUCAAUAACGCCACGGCCCGGGUCAUGACCAACAAGAAGACUGCCAAUCCCUACACCAAUGGCUGGAAGCUAAAUCCGGUGGUAGGGGCAGUCUAUGGACCUGAAUUCUAUGCAGUGACGGGGUUCCCCUACCCCACGACCGGCACAGCCGUUGCCUACAGGGGCGCGCACCUGCGGGGUCGGGGCCGGGCUGUGUACAAUACGUUCCGGGCUGCACCGCCCCCGCCCCCCAUCCCGACUUACGGAGCGGCACUGGAUCAAACGCUUGUUAAAAUGCCAGUCCCAUGGGCAGGGCUGGCACCCUGCCCCCUCCCUCCUCAGCAGACUCCGGAGCCGGCCUACCCCACCUCUCCAGCGUUCCCACCACUCUCUUGUCCGUUUGCUUCCAGGGUCGUGUAUCAGGAUGGCUUUUAUGGUGCUGAGAUUUAUGGAGGCUAUGCCGCCUACAGAUACGCUCAGCCAGCAGCAGCUGCAGCCGCCUACAGUGACAGUUACGGCAGAGUCUACGCGGCUGCUGACCCCUACCAUCACACCAUCGGCCCCGCGGCGACCUACAGCAUUGGAACCAUGGCUAGCCUCUGCCGAGGAGGGUACAGCCGCUUCACCCCCUACUAGCAAGAGGCCCAGCCCCUAACAGCAUUCACUCUGACUGCCUAGUACACACCAAACCCAGCAGUCCAAAGGCAGGCACAGCCACUCCGAGGACAGUGCGCCCCUCCCGGUCAGCGACACGCGCCGCUGACCUCCGCGACUCCUUAAGUCCAUAGGUUUUACCUCCGGCCAGCUGGUCUCCCCCCACGAUGGAGUGUGUGUCUUUGACCAUGGUCACCCCUGUAUGUCUGAAACCUUGGUUCCUAUUUUGACUCUGUUGAUGUUGUGCCCCACCGCACCCCCAGCCCUGAGCCAUUUCAGUUAUAGGAUGCACAAAGGGGGAGGGGCUAGGCUACCAGAAGACCUCUUCUCAAGACUAGCAAUAGAGCCCGAGAGAGCCAUGCCCACUCUCCUGUCGCCUGUCCCCACCUUGCCCCAAGGAAGACACCAGUCCAGCCUCCCCAGGAAGCCACCCCAGCCAGUCUGGCCACAGCCCUGCCCCUGCCCCUGGGGUUCAGGCGGCGAGGGGCUCUUGUCUGUCUGCCCCACUUGGUGGGUUCCCAGCCUCGACAGUGGUCACUCCUGACCUUCACCCAGCUAAUCUCAGGAGUAGCUGUCUCUGCCCUCCUUGUCUCCAUUUAGCUAAACUCACGUUUCUGAUUAAAUCUGACUGAUGUUUCCUGCUGAAGUUGUCACAAGUCACGGGGGAACCGCACCAGCCUCAGGGGUUCCUUAGCCUCUGUUAUAAGAAACGAAAGAGUCUAAAAAUUGUCAGCCCUGCAGUGCCUGGAGGCCCUCCCUUAGCUUGUCUGCCCCUCUGCCCACACUCGUGAGUCUCUCCAAUCUGGCCACGCUCUGGAGACGGGGUCCCUGCCAGCUUGGCACCCGGGUCUGUAUUUGAGUGCAGCACUGCCUUCCCUUCCCCAAGCUUGAAAUGUUCUUUUCCGGGUACAUUUCUGGAAGGGGAGUCUGAGCGAGAGAGCAGGGCAAGGCGUUACUCACCGCCCAGCCCCUCUGGCGGGACAGUACUUAGCACCCACCUCCUGUCCGGAGAAGCUCGGGGCUCAACUCUGCUGCAGGGCUCUGGGGCCUGCAGGUAAAGCUGAGAUGGCUGGGGGAGCUUCUGGAAGCUUCAUGUGCAGCCCUGGCACCUCUGUUACAGGAGAAAGUGGCCAGGUCAAGGAGGCCCUGGGCUCCUAUGUGCCAGAGCUGGCUUCUGGGGGUAUGGACAGCCAGCUAGAGGGUGCAGGUCCCCG